AAUCUUAAGUGAAGCGGGAGGGAGUUUAUGGGCUGAACCGGUUUGUAUAUAAACACAGCUGUUCAACCUCAGAGCAGAUCAGCUGAGCAUCAACAGUUCGGACAGUUUAAGCAUCAAGAAGGACGCUUUCUUUCAUUAGAAAUUCACCACAAGUUAAGUUUCAUCAUGGAGAUAGUAAUCACCAUGCUGAACGGGACGUCCCGGACGCUGACAGUAAACCCACACGACACAGUGGGCUCUCUGAAGAUGCGCAUCCAGGAGCAGCUGGGGUUCUCCACUGCGACGCAGAAGCUGGUCUUCAGCAACGGGAUUAACACACCUCUGAACGACGACUCCAAGACCCUGAGCUUCUACAACCUCCAGCAGGGCUCCCGGGUGUCCCUGCUGAUCGCCCAGCCUCCCACCUUCCAGGUGUUCCUCAAAAACGAGAAGGGGACAAACAGCACCUACGACGUCAAACCUGAUGAGACUGUGGAGAUCUUCAAGAGGAGAGUGCAGGAAAGAGAGGGGGUUCCUGUGGACCAGCAGAGGCUGAUCCAUGAGAGCCGGGAGAUGCAGGGUGGAAAACUAACCGACUACAAUGUGAGGGAACUGAGCACCAUCUUCCUGAUUCUGCGUCUGAGAGGAGGCUGAGGACGCUGGUCGACAUGAAGGAUACAUUCCAGUUUUUUUUUAUAUUUAUUUAGGCAUUUAUUGUUAAAACAAAUCAUUCCACGAUGUAUUUUCUUUCUGUACAAAUGAUCGUUGCAUAUAUAUUUCAAAAAACUUUAUAACAAUGUAUUAAUUAGUAAUAAUAAUAAAUGUCAGUCAUGACAAA